AUGACCCCAACGAAAGCGGUCAAAACAGGCGACCUCCUAUAUCUAUUAGUGAAUUUACGACGCACGGUCUCUAGGCAUGGACGGCCGAGAUGGCAGUAUUUACCAGAAGUGCCUGGUUAUGUACCGGUUUAUAUAAGGAAUGGGGACACUCCUUUGGAAGAGAUCAACCCUGAGCUAGCGGAAGCGUUCCACGCCCUACCCUCGGGACGAAGUGCUGGUAAACAAGUAGAAGCUUCUGAAGCUAUAGAAACCGAACAAGGGAACAUUCCAGAAAUAUCCUACAACGACCGACGCCAUGAAAAGAAAGUUCUAGAAAAGAAAAAGAAAUACGAGAACGUCAGGCCAGCGGAACGCAGAUAG